AUGUUUUCCCGUGCCUGUCCUCCACCUGACCCUGAUGAGCUGUGUGCCUUCAUUGAACUAUACGGUCCAAUCAGAUUGCUUCUGUCUUUUCAGAUUAAAACCCACUUCAAGUUCAAAUUCAGCCAGCAGACCUUCCAGCGAGACUUUAGCUACGACAACAGGCCUCCAGAGUGUGUGAAGAAAGGACGCUGGUGUCAUGGAGGACACCCGCUCCUCGGACGCUGGUUGCCCCUCAGUGUCCCCCCUGAAACCAUGGACCAGGGCCUGUUUGGGGAGCUCAGCAUGCAACCCGUCACACUGCUGAGCCCCUGUUGUUCCUUGACUGCACGGGUCCAGGUGUUGGUGUACGGCCCCAGUAAUGUUCCUCUCACAGGGCCCUCCAUCUUCUUCCAGAACCUCCCUGCUAAUCUGGACUGUCAGGACCUGGGGCUGUGCGGCAUUCACUGCUCCUCCGUUAAAGACGGCGAUGGCACCGUGUACACAGUAGAGCAGGAGCAGGAGGAUCUGGAGCAGGAAAGUGUCUACUCGAUACAGCAGAGUCUCCUGCUCUAUGUCUUCCUGCAGCACGGGGACCCCUUCGCCUCCGAGCUCUCUGAUAUGCUGGCCACAGAGGUGCUGAUACAGCGCCACCUGGAGGAUAUUCUGAACAACAACAGGCAGGCCGUCACAAGAGCCCUGCAGACCGAGCUGAAGGACGCUCUGAAAGCCCAAAAUCUAAGAAAACAGAGCCAACAGAGGAUGCGUUCAGCAGCGAAGGUGAUUCUCAGUUCCUCCAUCAGUAUCGUGAGCUCCAGCUCUAACAUGGACUUCAGAAACGCCUGUCUCAACAGCAUGAAGGUGAGGGACACUCACGACCUGAGCGCCUCCCUCCAUGAAUCCCUGAGGAGGGUGACAUCGUGGAAAUUCGCUCCAAAGUGCAGGUGCCCCUCAGCUCAGGUAGAAGAAGAACCUGAGUGGGAGGAUCCCACCGGAAGAGAAAUCUGAGUUGAAGGGUUUGAAAGGAGUUCACAAGGAAAUUAUUAUUUCUGCAGUUCAAUGUGUGCCAGUAGGGCUUGUGUUAAUGUAGUGGUGAUAGAAAUAGAAAUUCACUUUUUACUAAAAAAACAAAAUGUAUCCUUUCUUAUCAUAGUUUGUGUUUCACAUCAGAUCUUUUUUUAUAAACACACAUUUCAAGCUGAGAUUUACACUGAACUGAAAUUGUGAUCUGAGGUGAUGUUUUUACAUUUUUUAUAUGUACCCCUCAACAAACAAUGUAAUGUUACUUCUACUCAACUUUAUAUCAAAGGGAAAUAUUUAACAUUUUAAAAAUGUAAAGAUAACUUUAGUAACUUUACAAAUGCAGUUGUACUUCAAUGUGUACAUUUGUAUUGAGACUGUAAGGUUGCUUAAUAUAGUACUGUACUUCACGCUAUUGUUUAUGAGUUUAAAACAAGUUAAGCUAGGCAAACAACACUGGUUACUCAUUGAAGUAUUUCGAAAAUUAAAAUACUCGUGUUCACCGCUA